AUGUCAAUUUGGGCGGGUGGUGCUGUUCUUUCUUUAUUUCCUUCUUUCUUAGUAAAAUACUUUCUUCUAUUUUCUUUCCAUCUUUUUCUUCUUCCGAUCUAUCUAUCUAUCUAUCUAUCUAUCUAUCUAUCUAUCUAUCUCAUUCUGUUUAUUGCUCUCUAUCUAUCUAUCUAUCUAUCUAUCUAUCUAUCUAUCUAUCUCAUUUUGCAUAUUGCUAUCUAUCUAUCUCAUUCUGUUUAUUGCUAUCUAUCUAUAUAUCUAUCUCAUUCUGUUUAUUGCUAUGUAUGUAUGUAUAUCAAAGUGCUGUUCUUUCUUUUUUCUUUCUUUAAUCCAUUCUUUCUUUUUUGUCUUUCUUUCUGUCAUUCGUUAAUUUUUCUUUAUGCACGCUGUUGUUCGUUCGUUCUUUAUUCUGUCCUUCUUUUCUAUCUAUCUAUCUAUCUAUCUAUCUAUCUAUCUAUCUAUCUAUCUAUCUCUGUUUGUUCAUAUCUAUCUAUCUAUCUAUCUAUCUAUCUAUCUAUCUAUCUAUCUAUCUCCGUUUGUUCAUAUCUAUCUAUCUAUCUCUCUAUCUAUCUCCGUUUGUUCAUAUCUAUCUAUCUAUCUAUCUAUCUAUCUUAG